GCCGCGCCGCGCGCCUUCCUGGACGGCAGCCCAGAGGCUCUAGGGGGCCUGUGGAGGCGGACAGGGAGCAGCGGCUGCAGGCGCUGCGGGGGCAGCUGGACGAGCGGCGCGAGGCGGUCUCCGCCGAGCUGCAGCGGGCGCGGCAGCGCCGCGGGAAGACGGCCGACCAGCCGGAGGAGCCGCAGCUGCCGGGCGGCGCCGAGAGACAGGUGCUGCUGGCGCAGCUGCGCGCCUGCCGCUCGGAGGCGGACGCCUCGCGCGAGGAGAUGGAGGCGGAGGCGGUGAGGCUGAGGCAGGAGCUGUGCAGCUGCCGCGAGGAGCACGCGGAGUUCCGGCUCGCCGAGGCGGCGGAGAUGGACGUGGUCGCCUCGAAGGCCUUCGCCGUCAAGGCCUUGCUCGCGGAGAGUCGCGCCGAGAACGAGGCGCGCCUGCGGCGCUGCCGGGAGGAGGCCUGGGCAGCGGAGGCGCGCUUUGAGUCGGCCACGGAGGAGGCACGGCAGCCUGGGAGCGCGCCCAGCUUGGUCGUUGAGUGCUCCCGGCUGGAGAAGGCUGUCGAGGACCUGCGCCGGCGCGUCGAGCGCUUCGCUUCGUCCUGCGGCCAGGCUUCGGCGAUUGAGCUGGGCCUCAGACGGCCAUCGGACCCCAUGGAUGCCGACGUCAACAAUCUGGCGGCCCUGCGAGUGAAGCUCCUCCGCCUGCUGGAGCUCUGGUCCUCGGAGGGGGAGCCGCCAGAAGCGGCGACGGACGCGACCCUGUCGCCGACCACGGUCAAUGCCUCGCCGAGGCGAUGGCCUCAGGCCACGGCGACGGAGAGGACGGCGUCGCCGACCUCGGCGUCGCACCCCGCCGCCGUCCCGCCACCCCCCGCGCACGAGCACGCGGC